AUGCAUACGAAGGCGUUUGCCGCUGAAACGAAACUACUUGUGUGGACUUGCUUAUCUGAAGUUCCCAGAAUCAGCGCUGAACGGCGCCCCCUGCUCCAUAAAGAUUCGGCUGCAUUGAAGAUCGUGCUCCGUAAACAAAAUGGAGUGCAGGCUCGGUGGGGAAUCGGGCUUUGGCGAGCUCGAGUAGUAGUCUCUUCAGCGGACAAAGCCCACGGCAUUCCAUCUCGGAACGACUGCAGGACCGAGGAACUACUGUGCGGCUUUCCUGCUGAGGCUACGCGCACCCCUGGUGCAUCACCAGACAUGUGA